UGUCAACAAAGAUGGCGGCGAGGGAAGGGAAAGAGAUUGCAUUUUCUGAAAUUAAGAAUAAACUAAGAAGGAGCACGCUGUAUCAGAAAGAGAAGCUAAGGAAGGCAAAAGAAAAGAGAGAAAGGAAACGGAAAAGGAAACGGGAAGAGUCCCAAGAGGAAGGAGAGCCUCAGCCGAAGCAAAUUCCAAGAACUAUUGACAAUACUCGUGUUGUUGAUGACACCAUUGUGGAGCCACAAGAUGAUGAGGUGAUACAUGACAAAGAAAGUGAUGAGCUAGCAACAUACUUCAGAUGCGAGGUGGUACCAAAGGUUCUUAUAACCUCAAGUGACAGAUCAAAAGUGAAAACAGUUCAGUUCAUGGAAGAGCUCAGAAGAAUUAUCCCUAAUUCUGAAGUCCGUGUACGUAAAGGUCUGGAUUUGAAGAAAAUAAUUCCUCAAGCAAAAGAGAAAGGAUUUACAGCUCUUUUAGUUGUCAAUGAAGACAGGAAAUUACCGAAUGCCAUGAUUAUAAGUCAUUUACCAGAUGGACCUACUGCACACUUCAAAUUGAGCAGUGUUAAAUUGGGCAAGGAUAUCAAGAACCAUGGUCGUAUGACAAGCCAUAGGCCUGAAGUCAUCCUGAAUAACUUCAGUACAAGACUUGGUCAUUCUGUUGCCCGCCUUCUGGCAGCCCUCUUUCCUCAUGAUCCACAGUUUCAAGGCAGACAGUGUGUCACAUUUCAUAAUCAAAGGGAUUUUAUAUUUUUUAGACGUCACAGAUAUAUUUUCAAGAAUCAGAAGAAGGCUGGACUCCAGGAACUGGGACCUAGGUUUACUCUCAAACUCCGUUCUUUACAAAGAGGGUCUUUUGAUUCCAAGUUCGGAGAAUAUGAGUGGGUUCACAAGAGAAAAGAGAUGGAUACUAGCCGUAAAAAGUUCUUUCUUUGAUGAUGGCGGAAUGACUGGUGGACAAUGUCUUAUUGUGUAACAGAGAACUUUUGUUGGGUUCCCUUACCGAUACUGUGACCUUUGUUUUUAUUAAAGAAACUCAGUUGCA